CACACGCUGGCAACGCAACCCGUGCAAGCAAGAUGCACGAGAGAGCGCGGACACGUCCAUACGCGGCGCGGAGGCAGCCAUGAUGCAUCCAUCAGAAGGAUAGUGAACCAUGGGCAGCGGCUCCAGUAUUGUACAGAAGGCGGACGACGGCGUCGACGCCGUCCUGCAGGCGUGCCGCGAAGCGAAGGACGGCCCCGUGUUACUGAUAAAGCUCACGGGCGCGCCCAAGGCCCGGGUCCUGCCGCGCGGGCCGGAAUCCACGUCGCCGGUCGGCCUCCUCCGGCCCCACGCCUGGCUUUGUAUGCCCUACAAAGGUGAUGUGGAGGUACAAGUAGCUUUGAAUAUCGUGGACGUCAAGCGCACGACGCACGCGUUCCGCGCCGUCAGCUUUGGUGAUCAUAAAGACGUGACGGCUGCGGAGACAGUUAAAGUAGAGGGCCUCGCCGCACCUGAUCAAGAUGGCUGGGGCUUGGUCAAAACCUUCCAGACGGGCGAUUUGACAGGGGCGCGCCGCAAAUACAAAGUGCACGCCCGUUUAGCAUCCGUAAAGGCGGUGCUCGCGCCUCGAAAACUAUUCUUGGUGCGCCAUGCGGAAUCGACAUGGAACCGCGCAACUAGAGUAGGGGACGUGGCGACGAUGUUGUCGGAUGUGGACCACGGCCUGACGAAGCUUGGUGUGAAACAGUGCGCCGAGCUCCAGAGACAUGUCGCGGAGCCGCCCAGGACCGAGGCGGAACGGGCGUUUCUAGCCGCGAAGAAGGUCUUCUCCUCGCCGUCCAGAAGGACGGUGCAGACGGCCUUGUUAGCAUUGAAGGGCCAUCCCGCGCUGAGCGAGGGAUCUGUAGUAUUAAGGGCGGAUCUGCGCGAAGUGAGAACAGCACAUGGUCGGGACAACAUCGCGCGCGCGAGCGGCGUCGCCAUCCGCGCGCAAGCCGUCGCUGGUUUAGAGAAGGGCGAGUAUCCAACUGUCGACGCGGACGGCGUCGCGCACGAGUGGUGGGCGUCGGCCGCCGAAAAUGAGGCGACCGUCAGAAGAAGAGUCGACCGCGAGCUCGCGCAGUUGUGUAUGAGAAGCGACGCCUCGCUGAUCUUCAACUCCCACUCGAAGUUUAUUCGCUGUAUGUUCCGCGCGGAGGGCGGCGACUGCGCCUUCGCCCGCGGCAAGAUCGCGAACUGCGGCGUCGUCGCGGUGGAUGUGGCCAUUGACAAACCCGCCGGGCGUCGCUUGGAGGCCCCGGAACUUCUGUUCGGGGGGACGUUUUCGAGCGCGGACAGCCGCGCGUCGCUGCUGGAGGCUAUUAGGAGGCGGAGUCGAUCCGGCGACGUCUCCGGCGGUUGAUUUAUUAUUAGCUUUAAGUAUCUAGUUGUUGCC